GUGAGGACAGAUAUCAGCAGGCUUCAGCUGCUGUUGCUGAGAGACCAGAAACUGCUUUUACACCUUCACAAUUCCUGCUUGCACAUGUCAGAGAGGGCAGGCCAGGAGCCUCGCGUCUCUUUGGUUUGCAGUGGCAGAUGGCGUUGCAGAAGGGCUUGGCAGAAGGUGGCACCUCUUCCUCUACUGCCAACAACAACCAGGUGCUCCAGGCUGAGUCUCUACGUAACUCAGAGAACCAAAUGUGCCCAAUCUGCUUGGACAUCCUUAAAAACCAAGUCUCUGUGAGCUGGUGUAGACACACUUUCUGCUUUCCUUGCAUACUGGAAUGGUCCCGCAACAAAGCUGUGUGCCCAGUCUGCCGGGAGCCUUUCCGAUAUCUCCUCCGCAAGGUGGGAGACAAUAACUAUGAGGUGUACUCGAUAGGGCACUACACCAGCUCCACCAGAUGUAAUCGAGGAAGAAGAGAUCGUCACCACUCUGCAGAAAGGAGGCGGCAUCCUUCCGCAGGCCACCGGCACCACAGAUCUUCCAGCGGAGAGCGCGGCAGUAGCCGUGCCAGAGACUGGGAAAGGGACCGAAGCAGGUCCCGGAGGAGGAACUAUGAUGGUCACAGCAGGGCUCAGCAGGCCCAGAGUUAUGACCUCUCAAGCAGCAGGAGAAGGCAGCACAGCAGGGCUCAGGACACGGCUUCUGAACCGUCUCGAGAUUGGGACCAAGCUGCAGGGCACGAAUGGAGUGCCCAAGUCCGCUUGGGGAGGAGUGAGCACCGUCAGUGGGCACAAUGGGAUUCCUCCAGGGAAUCACAGGCAACAAGCAGACGACCUCGUCAAUCCCGGUGGACAUCCCACAGCCCUGAGUGGCACAGGAGCUGGUAGCACACCCUACAGGGUACUACUGUAUGAUGUGCUAUUAGUGCCACAAAUUAUACUACUUUACACCAAAGUUGGUCCUACUAACAAUUCCAAAAAUAAAGUCAAUUCCAACC